CUAGGUUAUGUAUUCAAACGAUGUAGUAGGCUAGUUGUUACAGGGAAAGGUUGCAUUUCCAUUAGCUAUGAACUUGGUCUUCAGACUAGCUCAUAACGUUUUAGCUAGCCCUCAUCUAGCGCUUGCUCACCACUGAAACGAAACUCUUCAAAAUAUAUAAUGAAAAAAUUCAAUUAUAUUUUUGUCAGGUACCGACUGGUGCCGGUGGAUUGGCAGUAACUGGAUAUAAUGAACUCAAUCAUGUUUUUACUUAAUGUUUAUGUUAGCUUGCUAGCAAACAGAAUUAGGAAUCAAUUUGCAGCUUUACUUAAAUUACAAGUCCUCUUAUAUUUCGUGUUUCUUAAAGGUCACUCUUUUUAUUGACAAUCCCUAGAUUUUCUGUCAUCGGUUGGAUCUAUUUUUUUCUACUGUAAUUUUCAAAAUGGAUUGGUUGUUAUAUAUAGGAACCAGUCCUAUCAGAUUAGUUUUGGGCUUUUAGGACUUUUAUAUGAAUUAAUAGUGUGAGAUUUCUACUAGAAUUCCAUUACAGGACUUUCAUAGAAAAUAAGAAUCCUAUAGGAUUUGCUUACAAAAUGUUCUGUUAUUUACACAGAAACACCUAACAAGCUGUUCCACUGCUCAGUCCACAUUAAGAUGAUCCUUGGAAUUUGUGUCCUAUGAUGACUCAUAUAUUAAUGUUUCCUGAACCUCCUGGUGUGGAGGGAGAGAAGACUAAAUACACACAGAAAAGAGACAUUUUGCAUUUGUGACGUCUCCAUUCAUAAAUAAUUAGUUAUUGUUUAAAUAGUUAUCAAUUUAUGUUCCAAGUCAUCUGUGACACAAUGAGUUCAGACAAGGAAGUGCUGAUGGAUGAAAUCGAAAAGAGUUUAUGGCACUUAACAGAGGACAAUUUACGCUACCUAUGUGAAUGUAGUGGAAUAGACGGACCCGAAGUUAAAGGGAUGAAUCAUCGUUUAUUACGGCGUAAAGUCAUGGAGGAAAUGUGGACCCACACGGAGUCGAUGAAGUCAGAUGAACAUGGGAUGUCGUGGUUACUCCGACUGAUGGAGAACAUGAGAAGGAUACUAAAGGGUGGAUGUCCUAUCCAAGGGGAUGAUGAAGAUGAUCAUACUGCUUACUAUGACAAAACGUGGGAUGAGGGAGGAGUGAAGUUGCCUAGCCACAGACUGAAGGAAUCCACUGCAGAGAGGCAGACACUGGCACAGAAUGUAAUCAAUGUGACUGUUCCCAACUCAAUUGGUAUGUUUCUUGAACCACAUGCGUCUCUAAGUGGAGAGAAACCACAUGUGUGCUCUGAAUGUGGGAAGGCAUUCAAAAUGGCAGGCUGUCUGAAAAGACACCUGAGAACUCAUACUGGGGAGAAACCGUUUGUUUGCCCUCAUUGUGGGAAGGCUUGGAGUGAUUCCGGAAACUUAAAAAGACACAUGAGAAAAACUCACCCAGGAGAACACGUCAUUCUAAAGAGGCAGGCUUAUCAGAGGGGCACCCCUUUAGGAAACGUGAAUAUAAUGCGGGACAAUGCAGAUUCAAUAUAUUCAUAUUCAGUCACUUUGGAAGAGCAAGGAAUGUCUUUUUUGGAGGACUUAAGAAACACACAGGUGGAUGGUAGCAAUGCAGCCAUGAGACCCAGCCAAUCAGAAGAGGUUAAAAAAGGUCUUAAGGAGGCUGUAAGCUGUGACAUGAAGGACAAAGAUUGGUUGGCUAGCAGGGGACUUAAAGAGGAGCCUUUGAGUCCUGGCAAAUCCAAUUUGAAUGACACUGUAGAUUGUGAUGUCAUGGACAGGGAUUGGUUGACUAGUAAUGGACUGAAGGAGGAGUCUUGGAGUCCCGGCCAAUCCAAUGAUGGUGCUGCUGCAGACUGGAAUGAAAAAUGUGACGAUGAGGGAGGAGCUAGGUGGCCUAAGGAAGGGGUGGAUGUGGAAUCAUCUCCAGUGAGGAACACCUCUGUGCGGAGGGAGUGUGGUAAGUUCGGAUAAUCUCGGAUGAAGAAUAAAGAAAAACUAAGAUCACCUUUGUAAUCAAGGAUAAAGAAUCAAGAAAAUCAUUUUGAAAUCCU